CAGCCAAGCUACUCUAACAGCACGACGAUGUGGCUGACGCAGCACCGGUAACCAGCAGUGCCCUCAGAACCGAAAGGGAAAGCAGUUGACUAUCUGCACGUGACCAAGCAGGCUGUGGUGACAGACAGCGGCCAGCGCAGGACGGACAGCAGCCACCGGCCCGCCCGGCUCCUCGAACGGCACCACAGCCCUCUCCAGCGUGUUUCAGCUCCACACUCACCUAAAUGGGCAGCCUAUUCAGAACAAUAGUCAUCCUCCAUGUCACCUUCCAGUCUCUGCAGAAGCCUGUUGUGAAGAAGCCCUCCAAGGGACACUACAAGAAGUGAGGGAAAAGUGACAAAGAGAAGUGGGCAGGCAUCCCCACAGCAACUUUUACCAUGGUAGCAAGAAAGCAUGCAGGCAUCAGGAUGGGUCUGCUGCAAAAGAGAUGUACCGAGAACCUGUUCCACAUGCUGACUUUACUGGAGAUUGUUGGGACCUUGGCCUUGAUGUUCUAUGCACUGCUAUGCGAAGCAGGAAACCUGGUGAACCUCCCUGACAAACGCAUUGGCUUCUACAACUUCUGCCUGUGGAAUGAUACAGCUGGGGAGCUGCAGUGCCUGGACAACAAGCAUCUAGAGGCAAUAGGCAUCAGUCUACUAGAAAUAGCACUAGCCAGGUUUUGUGUGUAUUCCUGCCUGGUCUUCAUCCUCUUCUACUUCUUUUUUGUUUUAAUUGUGAAUUGCACAGGGCAGAGAGAGGGAUGGGAGAUGAUGUACAUCAUACCCUUCAUCAAGAUGAUAAUCCUGUCUGGAGGCCUGGGUAUGUUUCUUUUACAAACCUCACGGUGGAUUCAUCUCUCUGAUUUCACUGGAGGCUUCCUGGCACUGCUUGGGACCGAGGCUCUGCUACUGCUCCAGAUUCUCACUGCCACCAUGUACCUCAGCUGGGCCAAGCACACACGUGUCAAAGCCAUUUACCGGAGGAGGCCCUGCUCACUAAGAUUUGACAGUGAAGAAGAUGCAAGACCUAUCAGUAGCAUGAUUUAAAAUAGUAAUCCAAAUAUAGCUUUACUGCCUAGCAAAAAUCUGAUUCCCAGUCCAAAGGCUCAUGUCGAGCCAUGCUCUGGCUCACUGCUGUGUGCAUCAUGCUGUGGCUCAUUGCUAUGUGCAGAACUCCUGCAUCAAGCUGGCAACAGACACCAACAGCCGCAGCACAGCACAGAAGUGUCCCAGGUAUAACAGCAUGCAACACUCCUCAGUUUGGGGCACACCAUCAAAGUGACAGCACUCCUGGCCCCAAAGAGCAGUGAAGGCAGCAUAACCAGCACACAGUGGACACAGCCCUCAGCCCAUACCUAGUCUAAGUAAAAAAAGUUGCUACUAUCUCAUAGUAUGUGAUUAAAUCUGUAAUUAACUAACAAAAUUCUUUUAAAAUCUUUAGCCCUAAAAUCUAACAAAGAUAAAGGGAGUUUAAAAACAGGAUCUGUAGAUUAUGUUCAACUAGGAACUAACAAAUAUUCAGGGAACUGUAACCAAAUAUGUAAUUUCUUUGUAAAUAGACAGGAGAUAUAUAUAUAUAUAUAUAUAUCACUUAAAUAAGCAGCCAAUCAACAACCAGCCUUCAAGGCUGUGAAGAAAGCCAUCUAGGACAAUAGAGAAGUAACACCAGAAAGAACCAGUUUUGUAGUUUGAAAACAAGAUAACAGACUGAGCAUGCACCAAUUAAGAAAGUGCAAUAAAAGGACAAUUGAUGAAGACAAUUGAAUGACCAUCGAUACUCCUAAAGGGGUUGUAAUAAUCCCUAAAGGACACUAGAUGGCAGAAAAGACUGAAAUAGUUAACUCCUGUUUGUAUAAUCAUUUUUCAAAAUAGCCGUUUCAAGUAAUUGAUUUGUCUGUGUAGUGAAUAUGUAAAAGCCUUGUAAAUAUAAACUGCAUUAAUACAUCCAGUGGCUGGGAAAACUUAUGUAAAUAAAGAAUGCCUGCUUA